GACCAAUCAGCAAAGCGUAAUUCACACGAAUUUAUGUUCUCUGUUUUGGCGAUGAAAGUCACGAUCUAGUCUGAUUGACAUACAAUAUUUGUGACGGGUGUGUGUAUUAAUGAUGAGCCAUCAGUAUUAGGGGAAAAUGGAGAAAACUGCUGAUUCAGAGACUGUCAUCAACACUAAGACAAUACAAAGCAAGAUCCAGUUGGAGGAUGAAGAUGAGGACAAGACUCCUGAUGGUGAUGAGUCCCUUCAAUCCUCCUCCGUCUUGUUGACUCCUGAGGCAUCCCCCGUCAAAGACAAAGACACCGUCUCAGAGCCUGCUGCAUGUAGUGAUGACAAUGGUGUGGAGACGUCAAAUGCAGGCAGUCGGUCACCAUUGGGUGUCGACCACACAUAUGCCCAAAUAGAGCCCAAACUGUGUUUGUCAGACUCUGAAUCUACCUCACAUUGUAAGCAGCUCAGGGAAGGGACUGAGAGUCCUUUGUCAACAAGUAGUUCACAAAGUUCUGUGCCAAAGAAGAGGAAAGGGAAACGAGGGAAGGUGAAGCCUACGUCUGUAGAUGACAAGUCCUUCACACCACCAAGACCAAGGCCAGGAAGGAGGAAAAAAACUGAACCUCCAACACAGAACAAAACAAUUACAGACUACUUCCCCGUGAGAAGAAGUGGUCGCAGAUGUUUGUCCUCACUCAAGAAAGAACAAACUGAAGAAGUAGAGAAGAAAAUUCUUUCCCACUGUGAAGAGGGGUUGAAGGUUGUGAAUUUUGAGGGGAAAGGUCGUGGUGUGAUGGCAACAAGAUCUUUCUUCAAGGGAGAAUUUGUUGUGGAGUAUGCUGGUGACUUAAUAAAUAUCGGAGAGGCGAAGGAGAAAGAAAAAUAUUACUCUGGUAACCCCAAGGUUGGCUGUUACAUGUACUACUUCAUCCACAAGAACAAGCACUUCUGUGUCGAUGCCACAGCCGAAAGUGGAAAAUUAGGUCGACUCAUCAACCACAGUCGAAAUGGAAACUGCCAACCUAAAGUAAUUGAAAUCAAGAAAUUGCCAUACCUCACUCUCGUGGCGUCACGCGAGAUCUCAGAAGGGGAGGAGCUUCUCUAUGACUACGGGGACCGCAGCAAGUCCUCGGUCGAGUCUCACCCGUGGCUGAAGUUAUGAAGUUUCUGUUGUGUCUAGCUUAUAGUUCUUGUUCAUAUGAUCUCGGCAUUAUCUAGUUGCAGUUUUCAAAUAUAUGGUCUGAUUUAUGUACCACUCCCCAAAAUGAAUUACAGGAACUGAUAAGAAUAAGGUUUUAGUAAGAAAAUUCAAUAAUGUUCAUUUCCUUUUACGCCUUGUUCUGGGUUAUGGCUGCUUGUCCUAUAGCAAGAGAUUACAGACAGUAUUGAAGGACUGGUUGUUUUCUUUUAACAUCUGGGGGCACGGGUGGCCCGGUCGUCUAAGGUGCCGCGAUUCGCUGUGCAGAGUUGCAUCCCUUGGGCACGCCAGAAACCUAUGAUUGUGGGUUCGAAUCCCGGUUAGCCCCAAU